CAGCUGUUUGCAGCUGGGGUAAGGCUGACGGAUUGACAGGGGGGAUGAGAACACGUAGUUCCUGGUGCUCUGCCUUCCUUGUGAUCUGACUGUCGUAAUAAACGGGGGGCGUUAAGCAUCUUUAAUAUUUUUGUAAGCGAUUAAAGGCACAAAGUAGAGCAGCAAGAGAGACUGCCCAAGUGGAAUACUUUGUGCUUUAUAACCCACAAGUACCCACAGGUAGGUGCAAUAAUACUCCCCUCGUGCGUUUGUUGGGGUGCAAAACAAAGUUUUGUUCCCUUCUUGGUCUUUGGUACAGGAUAAAGGCAGGUCAGCAAGCUGGAAGGUUAGACCAGGGAGUAGGACUGUUUCUUCUUUUUCACUUACUGAUACCUUUCUUUAGGGUUACUUUGAAAAAGAAGAUUUGACUGAUCAAGCCAUCAGGAGACUUUCAGUCCAAGAAAGAGCGAAGCCAGCUCUUGCCAGGACUGGAGGAAGUCCCUGUUGAGAGCGAACCCUUAGGACCUGAGCUCGUUCUCAGACUGUGUCGAUUAUGUCUAAGCAAGGAGACGACUGCUACUUCUAUUUCUAUUCCACCUGUAACAAGGGAGACAGCUGUUCCUUCCGCCACUGUGAGGCUGCUCUGGGCAAUGAGAGAGUGUGCAGGCUGUGGCAGGAGGGUCGCUGUUUCAGGACUAGCUGCAGGUUCAGACACAUGGAAGUCAAAAAAAAACGCAGAGAGAUUCCUUGCUACUGGGAGAAUCAACCAGCUGGCUGUCAAAAAUCCAACUGUGCGUUCCGUCACACGAAAGGACGUUAUGUCGACGGACGCUUCUUCCCGCCAAGCAAAAACCAGCUUUCCGAAGAAGGAGAUGAAACUAAAACACCUGUCCAGCAACUGGCAACAGAAGCCAAUAAUGGAUUGAGGAUAAUUUCCACUAGGAAAUGCAGCGGUAAUACAAAGCAAGAGGACAAUUUAAAUUUUGGAAUAAAAACAGUUAAAGAAAUCAAACUGAAGAAACUAAAGGAAAAAACAAAAAAGCAAGGUGAAGGUCCUUCAGGAGUUUCUGUUCCUCCGCUCCAAUCUCGGGCUAUUCCUGUGCCAGAAAAGGAAAUUGUACGGACGGUAGUGAGAACUGUGACUCUGUCUACAAAGCAAGGGGAGGAGCCUGUGAUUCAACUGAACCUUGGCGAGAGGAUGGGAAAACGGAAAGCCUCCACAGCUGGUAAAAGUGUCCUUCCGCUAAAGCGCAACCUUGCUGACAGGCUGGGGAAGAAGACAGAGGUUCUGGAUAGUGCUGACAAAGCAGCAAAGAGAGUUCAAGUCCCCAGGUCUCUGAAGGAGAGGCUAGGACUGUCCUCUGAGCAGACCAGUACAGAGACAGAGAAGGCUGCUAAGCCAGCAGGAGAGAUCCAUGUGAAAACACUGGAGGAAAUUCGACUUGAGAGAGCUCAUCGGAGACGAGGAGAACCUCAAGCAAAACCCCAGACUGAAGGAUGUUGUAAAACAGAAGAUCCCAGCUUGGGGGCAAGACCUUCCCCUGCAGUUCGCGUCAAAACUUUCUCAGGAUCCCUGGCUGAAAAAAACCACAAGCGAUUGGAAGGAGAGAAGCAAAAACCAGAAGAGUUUCCUACCGAGACAAAAGUUGAGAGUGAACCCAAGAAGCAGAACAUACUUGCUCCGUCUGUGCUCAGCCAAGUGCGCCCGGCAGAGCCGGCAGGUAAAGCCAAGCCAGCAGGAGAAGUGCGUGUUAAAACCUUGGAAGAAAUCAAGCGGGAGAAAGCUCUGCGGAUGCAGCAGAGUGGAGGAAAAGUGCCAGCUCCACCAGCACAACCUGAACCUGCCCCGACAGGGAGGAGGUUGUUACGGAUCACAAAGCUAAUAGCACCUGGAAGAGAAGAAAAGAAGAUAGUGGAAUUGAGCAAGCCUUCUCCCAAAGCUGUCUCUGCACCUGCAGAGCCCUCUGAUCAGAGUGCAACUAAUUCCAAAGUUCAAGUGAAGAGCCUUGAAGAGAUAAUGUGGGAGAAGCGGCAGCUGAAGCAACGCCAAGAAGAGAAGCUUCAGAAGGAAGCAGCUGCUGUGCCAUCUCCUAUUGAACAGGCAAUCAAGGAUAAAAGUCGAGCAUCAGGGAGUCCUGAAUCCAGUGUGGUCUCAGGGUCAGCUUAUCGGCUUCCAAAGAGGAUAUUGGUGAAAUCUCCGGGAGAUGGGGUUGAAAGCCCAGGAAAGGGUGCUGCCGUAUCACCAGGGAAACGGGCAGCUCAACUUCUGGAAUGGAAAGCUGAAACCAAAUGGAAGGUGUGCCUGAAGCCUUUGGAUGGGAAAGCCACCUUCCCCACAAAGCAGCCACUGAAACGUAAGGCAGCCGAGAGUCAUCCCUCUGCCGUGGCGGCUGUGAAGCCAUUGAGUGCCACUGGUGGCGACGGGAAGGAGCCUUCAGCUAAAAAAGCAGCUGUGGCCAUUGUUCCGGCUUUGCCAGAGGACAGCCUCCUCUCCAUACGUGGGAGAGAAAAACCCCAAGCCAGUCCUGAACUGCACCUUGGAAGCCAGGCAGACUCUGUGGCACAGUCAGAGGGCACAAGCUCGACCUCAGCUUCUUCACAAGUAGCAGUAAAGAAACGCCGGUUGAGCUUCUCAGGGGCCUGGGAAACCCCCUUCUCUGUAGAAGACAACUUCUCAAAGUUUCUUUGGGAAAUCUCAGGAGGCAAACAGGACGACGAAAUUGAUGUGGACCCAGAGAAUGAGGCGGAUGACUUCUUCAUGGAAAUUGGUGAACUGAUUGACGGCUGAAAAUAAAGAAAUAAAUAAGUUGCAACUGA